GGUUUGUUUAGCAGUAUUCAUUGAAAAAAGACUUCUUUAUUUUUAGGUGACAUCAGGUCAGAGCCUUACAUUCGUCGGGGAGCCUUGUUACCUGUCGACUAAGAGGAGUGGAAAACGUGAUACACGGGGUCUGCGGCUGAGCGUUCUCCAGCUUAGAAAUAUUCUCGAAACUACACGCAAAGGGAUUCCUCGAAACUCUCGCGCGAGCAUCGGGUGACUGGCAGAAGCGUUUCGUUGUCUGGCCUGCUCGCAUGUAGUAAACACAUGCAGCUAGUCUAUCGCGAGUUAUAAGGAAGAUUAAAAAAACUGGACCUCAGGGGUUCUUAUUCUCGGAGAAUGGUCUUCAGAAACAAGAGAGAACUACUCCCGAAUAUCUACAUGUCUUGCGCCCUAACAACUCUGAAUGUGUUGCUGUGGGCGUGGAUCCCACUGUCACCAGCCCUGGGGAUGAUUCCGAAGCUGGAUACAACGACUCACCAUGAUAAAAUCCGAAAAUUUAGUUGCGGUGAACUGUAUUACCAGACAUUUUAUUUGGAUCCAAAGAGAGAAGUUUUAUACGUUGGAGCCAUGGAUCGAGUUUUUCGCCUCAGUCUCUACGACAUCAACGGAACAAGAUGUGAGGCUGACUCGUUGACCCUAGUAUCAACAAGUGUUUCCAACUGUAUAUCAAAAGGGAAAUCUAAACACUAUGACUGUAGAAACCACAUCAGAGUUAUUCAACCAGUUGGUGAGGGAAACCAGCUUUAUGUGUGUGGAACAAAUGCAUACAAACCCAUGGACUGGAUAAUUCAUGCAAAUCUGACACAUUUAGGACAACAUGAAAGUUAUCCUGGUAUUGGAAAUGGAAUUGCCAAGUGUCCAUUUGAUCCAGAUGAUAAUUCAACUGCCGUAUGGGUUGAACAUGGAAAUCCAGGAGAACUUCCAGGGUUGUACAGUGGCACUGUAGCAGAGUUCACCAAAGCUGAUGCUGUCAUUUUUCGAACAGAUCUAUAUGAUACUUCAACAGGCAGAAGAAUUUAUCCAUUCAGUCGAACAAUUAAAUAUGACUCAAAGUGGCUUGAUAAACCACAUUUUGUAGGCUCUUACGACAUUGGUGACUUUGUCUUCUUCUUCUUUCGAGAAAGUGCCGUGGAGUUUAUUAACUGUGGGAAGAACAUCUAUAGCCGUGUAGCAAGAGUUUGUGAAAAGAAAAAGGUACUUAAAGUCUACUGGGGCCAGAGCUUGCAUCUUUCAUGUGCAGUACACAUAGAGGAGAUGAAGACAUUAGAGCUUGCUACUAUACAGUGGGUGCACUACAGUCAAGACAAAGGGAAGGUCAUAAUGCACCACCAGCAGGACAAAUACGUCGUCACCUCGGACUACGGACUGGUUGUCCUGUCCGUGACCCAUAAAGAUAAUGGACGUUACGAGUGUAAAGUCGGACCACACACUCUGUGCAGUUAUGAUGUUACAGUGGAUUCGAGAACGUGUAACCCUCCCACGGAAAUGGAAUAUAAACAGAUCUACUCAUACUGGUGUCGAGAGUUUGAGAAAUAUAAACUGGCCAUGAGUACCUGGCAGCGUAAGCAGAACGUAUGUUUAUAUCAUUUCAGGAAUGGACUAAUGGGAUCAGCGAUCUGUAGCUUCAGUCUGGAGUCCAUCCAGGAAGUCUUUAAUGGAAAGUUCAAGGAACAGGUCACUUCCUCUUCGGCGUGGCUGCCUGUAAUCAGCGUAAAGGUUCCAGAGCCUCGACCCGGGCAGUGCGUUAACAAUACCCAGACUUUACCUGAUUCUGUGCUCAACUUUAUUCGUGGACAUCCUCUUAUGGACUCUGCCAUUACCCAGGAAAAUGGCAAACCUGUGUUUUACAAACGGGAUGUAAUCUUAACCCAUUUGGUUGUAGAUAAAAUGGAGGUUGAUGGGGUUUCCUACAUUGUUUAUUAUGCAGGCAGUGUAAGAGGACAGGUCUUCAAGACAGUGGAGUGGUAUGAUGGGACAGGAGAAGCACACUCUAACCUUGUAGACGUGUUUGAAGCCACCACACCUGAACCUGUGCGAAACAUGGAAAUCUCUAGCAAACAUAAGUCAAUCUACGUGGCUUCAAAGUCAACGAUUCGACAAUUUGAUUUAGUAAUGUGUAAGAGGCGAUAUAGAACAUGCCUGCGAUGCACACAGGACCCCUAUUGUGGAUGGGACAAGGAGCAUGGCGAAUGCCGGCCAUACAAUCGAGGGUGUGUACAGUGUUAUAUCUCGAGUAGGUCUAGAAUGAAAAAAUAA